GCAGGAUUUUCACAAAGUUCGACUGAAGACGUGCUCGGAAAGUUAUUUGCACAGUUUUGAGAGUGAAAAAGGAAAAUAAUAUAUUAUUAACGUUGCAAUCGAAAACUAUGUUCUUUUGCACCUAAAGCAGCCGGGCAAAUGCUCAACUAAUGUGAAAUCUUGUGCUCAGAUACAAAUUUGCAGUUCUGAAAUGAGACCCAGAAAAAAUAUGAUAGACUAGCAAAAAUCACCUUAAGUAUUAAUAAAAACUCGAAAGUAACGUAGUGAUAGCAAAAAAUCAAAGUGUUUUCCACCUAGAUAAUUAAUAACUAAAAAUCUACAUAUUAUCAAUAAUAACUCAAAUAAUAAUUUCGAAUGAAUAUUUCGAGAUGCUGUGCCAAAUUUAUGUUGAAAGUGGCAAAUAAGUGAAUAAUAUUCAAGUGAUUAAAUGAACUGCAACAAAAACAUGAAAAAGUCUUUCCAGUUUAUAUUUAUCUUCUGUUUUAUAAAAUCAAUUCUUGGAAUGAAAGACGCUUUCAUUCAGACGAUAGAGUCCUUAAUUGGAGAAAAUGUUUAUCUCCCUUGUAAUGUGUCAACUAACGAAGGUGAUGAAGCUGUCUUAGUUCUGUGGUACCGAGAUGACAAAGGUACACCAAUAUACAGUGUGGAUAUGCGUGGGGGAAUGUCCAAAGCCCCAAAGAGAUGGUCCGAUGAGACGGUGUUCGGAGAAAGAGCAUUUUUCGCAUUUGAAAACGAGCCUGGAAAGCUUUCUAUUGAAAACGUGAAUGCCAAUGACUCUGGAAUCUAUAGAUGCCGAGUCGAUUUCCUACGAGCUCAAACUUAUAAUACCCGCAUAAUGUUGAAUGUCAUAACUCCUCCUAAACAAGUUGUCAUUCGAGAUGGGGCUAAUGUAGAGCGCUCUACGGUUGUUGGCCCGUACAGUGAAGGCGACGUUGUUGCAUUGAAGUGCCAAGUGAUUGGAGGCUACCCAACACCAACGAUUACGUGGUAUAGGGAUGGAGUUGAAAUACCGAGCACCACUACAAUUUUACCGGGCGGAAAAGUCCUUCAAAAUGAAAUUGUUCUUGGACCACUUGGAAGAAGCGACCUCAAUUCAAAACUUGUUUGCAAAGCAGUAAAUCAUCCCAGAGCCUCCGUUGUCGAAGCUGUUGUUCAAAUUGACAUGAAUUUUGCUCCAUUGAAUAUUCGACUGCUUGGGGCUUAUCAACCUUUGUCAGCUGGACGUAGAUAUGAUCUUCUAUGCCAAAGUGCCGGAUCUAGGCCCCCAGCUGUAAUAACAUGGUGGCAAAAUGGCGUUCGAUUGGAAAAGACGACCGAAACCACCUCAAGUGAUGGAAAUCAGACCACAAGUACACUCUCAAUAAAUCUAAGCAAAAACGAUGCAGGGAAAUUUCUAUCAUGUAAGGCCUACAAUCAUGCUAUUAAUUCAGAGCCGCUUGAGGAUGGAUGGAAAUUGGAUAUUCAAUACAUUCCUGAGGCAUACGUCAGAUUGGGUACAUCGCUAGAUGCCAAUUCCUUACGUGAGGGAACAGAUGUGUACUUUGACUGUUUCGUGGUUGCCCAUCCUCAGGUGUUCAGAAUUGAAUGGAGGCAUAAUAAUGAACCGUUAUUGCACAAUAUUUCUCAAGGUGUUAUAAUCAGUAACCACUCGUUGGUUCUCCAAGGCGUUACUAGAGAUACCGCUGGCAAUUAUACUUGUGUGGGCUUUAAUGCAGAAGGUGAAGGCAUCAGUGAGCCAUUCAUGCUGAAUAUUUUAUAUGCUCCAACUUGUGCUCAAAACCAGUCGAGAAUUUAUGGUGUUGCAAAGCAUGAAGAGGCUCAAAUAAAGUGCGUCGUCGAUGCGAAUCCUCGUGAAGUUGAUUUCAGUUGGACUUUCAACAAUUCCGCAGAGAGCAUUGAUGUUGCGACUAAUCACAUAUAUCGUCUAGGCACAACAUCUGUUCUAACAUACACCCCAGUUACCGAACUAGACUAUGGGACUCUGCUAUGUGUAGCCACCAAUAAGAUUGGCAGACAACGAGUACCGUGCAUUUAUCACAUUAUUGCUGCAGGUCGGCCAGAUCAGGUGCACAAUUGCACACUAUUGAACAUUUCUAUGACGUCACUCACGGCAACUUGUAGUGAUGGCUUCAAUGGGGGGCUGUCUCAACUAUUCAUAUUGGAGCUACAGGAUGCAAACACUAAGGAAUUAAAAGCAAAUAUCACAUCAUCUGUGCCAAGGUUUACAGUUUCUGGUCUUGCUCCAGGGAAUGUAUACGUUUUAUCAAUUUAUGCAUUUAACUCGAAAGGACGAUCUGAUCCAACCAUAAUUAACGCUGCUAUGCUACGAAUGCCAGAAAAGCAGCUAACAUUUGAACAAACGAACAAACCCCAUGCUGAAUUAUUGUUCUCUCCGAUGGUAUCGCUAACUAUUGGAUUGACUCUGGCAGUUUUUAUUGCCAUUUUUGCCAUUGUACUCGCACUGCGAAUUCCAUGCGCCGCUAGUACAAGAAGGCGACAAAAGACGGUGUCUAAUGGUAGUGAGUCUAGAGAUGUGUCGCCCGGCCCGAGCAUUCAAAGCGUUGGCAAAGAUAUGGACGAGAGUGAUGACAGGAAUCCAGAUGUGGUACCCGAAAUGAUUGAUUAUGAUGAACAAAGAGAAUGUGCCCGAAAACGACAGCUCAUAUCGACAAUCGACACGACUAGCUGCAACCCUCGAAGGAAUCUUUUAGUUAAUGCUCCGCUGGAACAGAGUGUGAAUACCUCAGAUGGAGUUUUUUGUGCAGCUCAUAACAUUGGGUUUUGCACCUUACGGAGUGACAGGCCUAAUCCAGCGAAGCAACCGAUCAGAACCUUACCAGUGAAUGUAACUCCACAUGUUUAUUCGAAUGCCAUUGCUCAAUGUACGCUUCCCCGUCAGUCGUAUCGUAAUGAUUGGGCUAGAUAUAAGACUAACGUGGCCGCAACAAGUCAUGUCGCUCUAAACUCAACAUUUCAUCAAUUACCGACCACAUCGGAGAAGUCAAAUCUGCAUCUUACCCGAGAAGCGGCGGAGGAAUAUGCAGGCUCAUCAUCAUCUGUAUCUAAUAGUUCAAUGAUUUCAACGUCCAAAGCAAUCGCUCAAUCUCGUUGCCGAACUAUUGCGUUACACCACAUGACCCAGGCUCAGGCGGGCAGAGUCCCUGUUGGAGCACCAGCCAACGUAAUUAACUCAAUUGAACAAAGCCAAUCCGACGAUGAAGUUACCGUCCAAACUCCAUUAAUGAUAAAACGCGAUAGUUCCGUAUGACUAUAGAACUGCCACGGGGCUUAUAAGAAAGCCCUGUGAUGCUCAAAAUAAUCAUGUCAUUUUAAUAAACAAACAAAAAUAACACAUUUAUAAUCGUAGAUUUUUUGUAUCACAAAAUUUUACAAUAAAUUUUUAAGAAUAUUUCAACAGCCAAAAUAUCCUUAAGACAGUGUAUUGCAAAUUUCCUAUUUGUAUAUUUUAAGCAAUGAAUGAAAAUGUGUUAGUUACAUUAAUACAAUGUUUUUGUUCCUUAUCUGUUUAAACAGAGGACAAUGUGUCAAAUUUUUACAAUUGUUAAGAGCAUUUACGUUUUAUUCUUUGUUUAACUGAAACAAUUAAAACAGAAAAUUAUAAAUAUUUUCAUUGUUAUAUUUUAUUGGCCAAAUCAGUAAGCAAAUAUCUAUGUACUUAUGCAUAAAGUAAACUGAUAAUCUAAGUCAACUUAAAGGCAUAAGCUCCACAUUAGUAAUGCCAAUUACCAGACACAACAAAAACUGUAUCGAUCGA